AUUAAAACGCUGUAGCGACAUGCACAGAGACGGAAUCACAAUGAACCCUAUUCAAUGCAAAACUAUUUGCAAUCAACACGUUGGUGCAAUGUGUCCCUUGGUUUGAAACGUGGUAUUUUAGACUGGAUUUGUGCAUAAGGUACAUGAUGUGGACGCUGUUCCUGCUGCCGCUACUGGCUGCUACUGUCUGUAGUCAAUUGACGACUGAAAGAGAAGUGUUGUGGAUAAACUGCUCAUCAACGACUAAAGAAAACCCAAUUCAACUUAAUAUAUUUUCUCAGGAAUACAAGUAUCUCAUUAUUCGUCAGAAUAAUAUGUCUACACUUGUUUUGGAUAUGGAAAACUGUUGUAACGUAACAGAACAAUCACUGCCGAAAAGUUGCAGGCCUUGUGAAAAUGGAACAAUUGAGUGCGAACUUCAUUCACACGAAAACUUGACAUUAAAUUUGGAGAAAUGCGCUAUUAACUAUGAGAAACGUAUAUGGUGUGAGCAACGAUCGAUCCAGCCAACUGUCAGUGUGUUUUCUAUUUCAGCCCAAACUGUAAUGACUAGUUUUCUUUCAUCUUCCACGGAUUUUGUUCUACCUUAUGUUUCGUCGUCAAUAUCAAACAGAUUCAGUACUGUUAUUGAUAUAACAUCGACACCGGCUUCAAUGACACCCGCUUUAAUAUCGAAACCAGCUUCAAUAUCGACACUCGCUUCAACAUCAGCACUCGUUUCAACAUCGACGCUCGCUUCAAUAUGGACACUCGCUUCAACAUCGGCAAUCGCUACAAUAUGGACACUCGCUUCAACAUCGGCAAUCGCUUCAAUAUGGACAUUCGCUUCAAUAUCGACACUCGCUUCUAGCAGUUCUGACGUACUUAGCAAUGAACAAAGCAUUGAACCGACUUCAACUCAAAACACACAAGUGUCAAGCACUCAAAACUCAACAAACGCAUACGUCGAGACUUCUACUGCGCCUGCGCAAGAGUCACAUUCGCUUAAAAAUCUGUACACGUUCCUGAUUGUUGCGGGAGUUCUGUUCCUGCUCGUCAUUCUUCUUGUCUGCUUCUUCUUUUGCAGAAAGACGCGCGAAAAGGCUUCGAUAAGUCACGUGGACUAUCCAUUGGAAUAUUGGCACGACCGCGAGUACAUAGAGGGCGUGGUCGAGAAAAGCUACUGCCCCACUUCUUCCUCCCUCGUCAUCAACCCCGUAUACGAGAACGGAAAGGGCAACCAGGCCGCCACGGCGCCAACGCAGCGGUACCGGAAGAAGGAAGACUCUCUAGAUAGGCGAUCAAACCAACAAAGGAAACCGUCUGACCACUUGAAAAGAUCUAACGCCAAUCGCCAGAGGUCCAAUGGUUCGUCCGAGGGGCCGAGAAAAGCCAGGCGCGACCAUGCCGAGAACUACGUAGCCACGGCUGCCGGCAGCAACUUCUACCAAUACGACCAGCCUGCACGUGCUGAGCCGAGAACCAACUUGGACGAUGACUCGACAUACAACGAAGUCGACCUUGGAAACCCGGGGCCGGCAAACAUUACCGGAAACGGUGGGACAAGUUCUUUCCGGCCGGCCUCCCGAGAAGGACGCCGGAAGCGGCGGGCCCCUAGAGGCCCAGGGUCCCGUCACAGUGACUGGGAGAGCGAAGGGGAACGCGCUGAUCACGAGGUGUACGCCAUCAGCUACAAGAACCGCCUCCAGAAGAACCUUGAUGACUGGUCAGCGGAGGAGUCGGACGUGUGAACGGAUGUGUACCGGAUGUGUACCGGAUAUGUGACUGAAUGUGUGAUCGAACAUGUUUCCGGACUUGUGACCGGAGGCAUCGACCGGAUUUUGGAAUGAAUGUGUGACCGGACGUGUGAUUGGACGUGUGACUGAGUGCCGUAAACUAGUAUGUGUUGUGCUCUGAAAGAAUGCGGUUACAUGCAUGUGCGUGAAGUAUUGUCUCAGAUUAGCCUGUGCAGUCCGCACAAUCUUGAACGACACUCUCCCCAUUAACGGUAUUCUUUGUUUCAAUGUCGUAUAUUUUAGCGACAUUCCAGUUUCGACGGAAAGUGUUUUCCCUGCUUAACGUUUGCGGAGUGCACAGGCAAAUCUGGGUUGACACUUUACGCACAUGCAUUUAGCCCAGUUUUCCGAGAACGUUACUUAACUGACCUAUUAGCAUAUUCCGAUUAGUUUGAGUAUGAACAAGGGAAAAACAUUACGUAUAAGUGCUUUGAGAAAAAGUUCAGUUUGCAUGUAACUUUUUUAAGUAUGUAUUUUUUAAAUUAAAUUUUCUUUUCAUAUGUUAUGAUUGUUCGGUUUUUUUAUUUAAUCUCUGAAGUCAUUAUAAUAAUAAAUGCAUAUUCUAUAAA